GUCAAGCGGCUGCGACUGCCAUCUGGAAGUUGCAACGAAGAACUGGUGAAUGAAGUUGAUGCACUCAUCGCAUUAGACCAUCCGGCCAUCGUCCGGCUCAUCGAGUACUUUGUGGCGGACUCGGAGGUGCUGUUGGUCAUGGAGCUGCUGCAGGGGCCCAGCCUGGGGGAGAAGCUUCGCGAGCAGGGCCGCUUUCCGGAGGCCUUCGCUGUCCGCUGUCUGCGGCACAUGCUCAAGGCGCUCUUCUGUUGCCACUGCCACGGCAUCGCGCACAACGAUGUGAGCGAGGAGAACUUCCGUUUCGAGACGUGCCAUGCUGAUGCCGUGUUGAGAAUGGUGGAUUUCGGACUUAGCGAGAUGAGCGUCCAGGAAUCGACGCUGGCUCGGCACGAACACGUUCCGCGUGGCCUCUAUGUCCAGAAGCGCGACAUUUGGAGUGUGGGCGCCAUCUUGUACCAGAUGCUGGCGGGCGCACGGCUGCUCCCCGAGGAGGGCAGCUGCUGGCCAGAAGCAACAAACCCGAGCUAUGUGCCUGUGCGCUUGAGCACUUUGGACGCCUCAGACCAGGCCAUGGAUCUUCUGAGCAAGAUGCUGGAGCCCACCACCGCGAGGCGCAUCACAGCCCAGGAGGCUCUGCAGCACCCCCUGGUGGUGAGGUCUUACGGCUUCACCGAG